AUGGAAGCUCGAGGAAUGCAGGAGCGAGGCGACCUAGGCGCGAACUCGAUUCCUGAAAUUAUUGUCCAGUGCCUCGGGCCUCACCCCGGGAAUGACGAUACCCUCUCCCGAGAUCGAUCGAACAGCAACCUGACCGCCAUCGAAGGCCAAACUGGCCGGGAUCGAGCCAUGAGCGGCAGUACAAUGGCCCCCAGCAGUCCGCAGGACGACCUAUGGAAGGAGAAGCGGGCCUCAUCGUGUGGGACGUCGGGCAUCUACUCCGUCAGCGAGCUGGAGGAGGCGCUUCGACCCGACCCGGGCUCGGAGGGCGACUUCGAUGUCAAGGACAACCCAUUCGACUUCUCCCCGGGACAGCUUAACAAAUUACUCAACCCUAAGUCCCUCGCCGCCUUCGUUGCGUUGGGUGGAUUGCCCUCUUUGGUUCGGGGACUGCACACGGAUGUCUCGGCCGGCCUCAGCGUGGACGAGUCUGUCCUCGGCGGAGGGAAUACAGAGGAUGCUGGCGGCGUCACAUCGAAAUCAGCUGGAAAGAAGCCGGCCGAAAUAUUUGAGGAUCGGAUUCGAGUGUUCAAGCCCAAUACCUUGCCGGAAAAGAAAGCCACGCCGCUGUGGAAGCUCAUGUGGAUUGCAUACAACGACAAGGUCCUGAUCCUGCUAACCGUGGCCGCCGCCAUUUCCCUCGCUCUGGGCCUGUACGAAACGUUUGAUCCGAACCACUCUAGCGGAGGAGGAUCUCAUGCCAAACGAAGCUCCGGGAUGGGACUCGACUGGGUGGAAGGAUGUGCCAUCUGCGUGGCCAUUUGCAUUGUGGUGUUGGUGGGGUCACUGAACGACUACCAAAAGGAACGCGCCUUUGUCCGACUCAACAAGAAGAAGGAGGAUCGGGAGGUGACCGUCACUCGCUCGGGAAGAACGGUGCGAAUUUCUGUUCACGAUGUCCUAGUGGGUGAUCUCUUGAACCUAGAGCCCGGAGACUUGGUCCCGGUCGAUGGAAUCUUCAUCAAUGGCCACAACUUGAAAUGCGACGAGUCCUCUGCCACCGGUGAAUCUGACCAGCUGAGGAAGACCGGCGGCGAGCAGGUGAUGCGUCUCCUAGACGAAGGCCACACCCGGACCCAAGACUUGGACCCGUUUAUCAUCUCCGGAAGCAAGGUCCUCGAGGGAGUCGGCACCUGUUUGGUGACAUCUGUUGGCGUGAACUCCAGCUUUGGAAAGAUCCUCAUGGCCAUGCGUCAGGAUAUGGAACAGACCCCGUUGCAGAAGAAGCUAGAUCACCUCGCUGGUGCUAUCGCUAAGCUAGGUAGCAGCGCUGCCCUGCUGUUGUUCUUCGUUCUGCUCUUCCGGUUUCUGGGUGACCUGUCGAGCAAUACCGGUACCAGCUCUGAGAAGGCCUCACAGUUCACGGAUAUCCUCAUCGUCGCGAUCACGGUGAUUGUCGUCGCCGUGCCCGAGGGCCUCCCCUUAGCUGUCACUCUCGCCCUCGCCUUCGCAACCACCCGGAUGGUCAAGUCGAACAACCUGGUCCGCGUGCUUAAGUCGUGCGAGACGAUGGGCAACGCCACGACCGUGUGCUCCGACAAGACCGGUACUCUCACGCAGAACCGCAUGACGGUGGUGACAGGAACCUUCGGCGAUGCCGCCUUCGACGACAAGGACCAGACAGGCAACCAAACAAGAUCAGCAGACUUCGCCAAAGACCUCACAGCCGAGCAGAAGCAGAUGAUGAUCGAAUCGGUAGCGAUCAACUCGACCGCGUUCGAAGGCGAAGAAAACGGGGUGCCGGGCUUCGUCGGCUCUAAGACUGAAACGGCACUGCUGGGCUUCGCUCGGGAUGUACUGGGAAUGACUUCGCUGGUGGAGGAGCGUGCUAACGCCCCGACCAUUCAGCUGAUGCCCUUCGACUCUGGCCGUAAAUGUAUGGGCGCCGUCUUGCGCUUGCCAUCGGGUCACUAUCGCUUUCUGGUCAAGGGCGCCGCUGAGAUUCUUCUCGGUUAUAGUUCAACCUCCUGGACCUCCGCUGGACUACGACCUAUUGAUGGCACCGAGCGGGAGCGAUUUGAAGACGUUAUCCUCUCCUACGCAAAGCAGUCUCUCCGGACGAUCUCCCUGGCCUAUCGUGACUUCGCCGCCUGGCCUCCAGCGGAGGCUGUCGACUCCAGCGAUCCCUCGUCUGCCGACCUCAGCCUGCUGCUGAAGGACAUGUCACUACUCGGCGUGGUUGGUAUCCAGGAUCCCAUCCGUCCUGGUGUGCCUGAAGCAGUCGCGAAAUGUCAUCAUGCCGGCGUUGUCGUACGCAUGGUGACGGGCGACAAUAUGGUCACGGCCAAGGCGAUCGCCACGGACUGUGGGAUCUACACGGAUGGCGCGGUGAUGGAAGGCCCAGAUUUCCGCCGUCUCACAGACGAGCAGUUCGAUGAAGUGCUACCCAAGCUGCAAGUUCUGGCUCGAUCCUCCCCAGAAGAUAAACGCAUUCUCGUCACUCGGCUACGGGCGAUGGGCGAGAUCGUAGCGGUCACUGGCGACGGUACCAACGACGGACCGGCUCUCAAGGCCGCCAACAUCGGUUUCUCUAUGGGUAUUGCAGGCACAGAGGUUGCCAAAGAAGCUUCCGCUAUUGUCCUGAUGGAUGACAACUUCGCUUCUAUCCUGACGGCCCUGAUGUGGGGACGCGCCGUUAACGACGCGGUGCGCAAGUUCCUCCAGUUCCAGAUCACCGUUAACAUCACCGCCGUCUUGUUGACCUUCAUUUCCUCCGUGGCGGAUUCGCAGAUGCGGUCGGUGCUGACCGCGGUGCAGCUGCUGUGGAUCAACCUGAUCAUGGACUCCCUAGCUGCCUUAGCACUAGCAACAGACCCCCCAACCGAACAAAUCCUCGACCGCAAACCCAUCAAAGGCGGCGCCCCGCUCUUCUCAACAACGAUGUGGAAGAUGAUAAUCGGCCAAGCCAUCUUCCAACUAACCGUGACCCUAAUCAUGCACUUCGUCAAAGCCCCAGGCUUCCUAGACUACGAAGACGACGUCCGACGCUCCGUCGUCUUCAACACCUUCGUCUGGAUGCAGAUCUUCAACGAAUUCAACAACCGACGCCUCGACAACAAAUUCAACGUGCUAACCGGUCUCCACCGCAACUGGUUCUUCAUCGGCAUCAACAUCAUCAUGGUCGGCUGUCAAGCCCUAAUCGCCAACUACGGCGGCGUCGCCUUCAGCAUCGUCCCCAUCAAUGGGGUCCAAUGGGCCAUUUGUAUCGUGGUGGCUGCAUUUUCACUCCCCUGGGCCAUGGUCAUCCGCACAUUCCCGACCCCUGGUUUGCGGCUAUCGCCCACGUUGUCGGCAAGCCGUUCGUCAUGUCGGGGGAUGCACUGGAUCUGGCGGCCGUUUGGGAGCGGGUUCCGUCGUCUGGGACAGACGAUGAAGUUCAAUCGCAAGGAUGAGUCCGAGAAUGAGUCUGAUGCUAGUGAUGUGGAGAAGGGGACUUCGACAAGGCAUACGAAGGAUUGA